UCAUCCACUAUUCGCUUACCUAUAUAACAACAGCCCUGUGUACUGUAUGCUCACAAGCAGACUGGUCUGAGGAAACAUUCAGCAGGAAAUUAACACAAAGAGCUGAAGACAACAAAGAUGAAGGUUUUCAUGGUGCUUGCCAUUCUUGCAUUUACAGGUUGCAAAGCCAACUUGUUCUAUGCUGAUGAGCCCAAACCACAGCUGGAGCAACUGACUGAUGCUUUCUGGGACUAUGUUGCCAAGGCAACACACACUGCUGAGGAAUCACUGAAAAUGAUUAGAGAGUCUCAGCUGGGCCAGGAAGUCAACUCUAGAAUUACAGAAGGUGCCAAUGCGGCCAGUCAGUAUGCUGUCAGUCUCCAGAAACAAGUCAACCCUCUGGCCCAGGAAUUCAUGUCCAAAAUCAGCAAGGAGGCUGAAGUUCUGAAGGAGCGUCUCGAGCAGGAUCUGACCACUGUGAGGGACAAACUGGAGCCCUAUGCUGAUGACCUGAAGACCCAAAUUCAGCAGAGAGUGGAGGAUAUGAGAGUAGCCGUGGCUCCCUAUGCUGAGUCCUUCGACUCUGAAGCUCUGAAAACUACUGUGCUGCAGAAGACAGAGGAGCUCAGAGGAAGUCUGGAGGAGAAAGUGAAGGAGCUGCAGUCCCAGCUGGAGCCCUAUACUGAUGAUCUCAGGCAGAAAGUAGAUCAGCAUCUGCAGGAAUUCCAGAAGACCGUGGCACCUCUGACUGAGGAUCUUCAGGCCAAGGUUGCUGAGAGAGCUGCUUUGGUUCAACAGGGUCUGGCUCCCUAUGCAGAGGACCUGAGAGAGAAACUGGACCCCUACGCCCAGAACCUGAAGGACCAGCUAACCUCUCUUUAUGAGUCCUACAUCAACACCAACUAAAUACUCCAAACACUACGUUUCACUCACUGGACUAUGUUUACAAUAAUGAAAACUACACAAUGAAAUAUUAAACAUCAAUUGUUCAGUUAGAUUGUAUGGCAUCUAACAAUUGUCUUAACAUUUCAAACAACAGUAUUUGCUAACGAUAUUUCUCAGACUUGCUAAAAAAAUGUAAGUAGAAUGAGUGAAAUAUAGCAUCUGUAUUUACAUCUGUAUGUUAGAACAUAAAUCUCUAUGUUCUUUGUAGAUUUCUUUGUUAUACAUCACUUCCAUUACUCGUAUUUAUACUACAAUAAAAAAUAAUAUCAUGUGUAAAGCAAUUAA